AUGGUUGAUGAACUCUUUGCCAACCGUCUUCGAGCUGAUCGUGGAGCGUAUUAUAUAAAGAAACUCUAUCUUAACCUCUCUACUUUAUUGCCCUAUAUCCCCGGUCCUAACUCGGUUAAAAUCUUAACACCGCUGCAUGAUCUCGCUCCAAAGAAUAUCAAGGUAGAAAAGGGGUACAUUAUAAGCUACACUAACUCACGAAGCUCAGAUCUCAAGACCGCAGCCAAGGUGUUUCAGGAUGUCGCUAAGGCCAAUAGUGGUAGGAUCCCUCAGAUCACCGAUGGUGUUAAGCUAUAUAUUGCAGCAGCCUCAGCCAGGGAGCAGGCUAUUGCCGAGGAUGAGGGUAGCUGGCAAAUCAUGGCAGCCCCGAGGUUGUGGCUGCAAGCGUCCUGA